AUGCUUUCGCUGGUAACAUCCAGACUGGAUGUAUUAUCAACCAACAUCACAAAGAUCCAGCAUCAUUUCUCCAGGCCUCACGGGAUAUCAUCAUCAACAAGUGUCUUGAGAGAUCUCACAAGGUUGAAAGUGAAUGUUGAACUCUUUUGCACAUUCCGGAAACCACAAGAAGAUGUAGAAGAGCGAAAGUGUUUCAUCACCAAAAGCCGUGAGAUUCUCCCUGCCACAUCUCUUCAGGAUUGGUUUAGUCAACAUGUCUACGAUAAAUUACUUCAAAUAAUUGAAGAUUUUGAGCAUGAGGGUUCCGGAUGGAGUCUACUUGGACCCAACAGCUUGAUGGUGACCAUGUCACGAUUCACACCAACCCAAGUUGGAAACUCCACCUUCGUCAGAUUACCAAGGGAUAUUAUCAGGAAGAAUGGUUACGAACAUCCAAAACAAUGA